GACAAGGCCGUGCGCUCUUACUAUGGCGUCUCCCACAGAACCGAAGAAGGUAACACGAGCCGUGCCGGGGCACCCACGCGACCAACCGCCGCCGCUGCUCGAUUCCGUGGACGACGCCGAGGGCCUGUACGUGGCUGUGGAGCGCUGUCCGCUCUGCAACACCGCCAGAAGGCGUCUCACUUGCGCUAAAUGCAUCCUGGCUGGGGAAUUCGUUUACUUCGACAGCCGGAACUCGGAGAGGUAUGUUGACAAGAUGGAACGGUUGAAACAUUUGAGGAAUGAGAAGGAAAAAUAUCAGCAACAAGUUAUAAAAGCUGUUGAAGGCAGGUGGAAAUCUGAUCAAUUGAAAUGGAAGAUUAUGUCAUGUAAAAUCAGGAUUGAACAGCUAAAAGAUGCGAUAUGUUGUGGAAAUGCAGAAGUCCAAAGAGAGAAGGAAUUAGUAUUUAAAAAUCAGGAAGAUAACCAAAAGUUGCAUCGUCGGGCACAACGACAUCAAGAAAAAAAGGACAAGAUUCAGAGACUCAUCCGUAAACUUGGUGAUUUGGUUGAGAAGAAAAAUAUUGAGUUCUGGAAUCGACAAGAACACCUAGCUCAUAACCGCUGCAAACACAUCCUAGAACUGACGCGUGUAAUUUUCCCACUACAAGAAGUGAAAAUAGGAAUGAGGGAUCCAGCAGAUGCAGCAUUUGAAUCCGACAGUGGCAUGACUUCGAGCACAGUGAGUGAGCUGGCAGAGGCAAGGAGAACUACAUAUCUCUCUGGAAGAUGGAUCUGUGAUGACAACAAUGGAGAAACCAAUAUAGGGAUUGUAGGCCGCUGGAUAUACCUACCCAGCAAUGGGGAUUAUUCAGCUUAUUAUAAUUGGGUGGAAGAGAAAAAGACUGCGCAAGGACCAGAUAUGGAGCAAAGUAACCCUGCCUAUACCAUCAGUGCAGCAUUGUGCUAUGCCACACAGCUGGCAAAUAUACUUUCUCACAUUCUUGAUGUAAAUCUUCCCAAAAGACUUUGCAACAGUGAGUUUUGUGAAGAGAAUAUGAGCAGAAAGAAGUUCAUUCGAGCAGUGAAUAAGCUAAACACAAACAUCCUACAUCUCUGUUUUUCACAGCACGUUAACCCUGAACUGUUGCAUCCCUUGCACACACUCCGAAAUAUUAUGCAUUUGGUCAGUCCUGAAAAUAAAAGUUUGGGCAAAUCUGGGCCUUUUGAAAUCAGUGCUGAUCUUGAAGAUUCCAUGGAGCUGGUUGACCCAAGUAUUGCUGCUCAGACAGAUGAAAGCGGUGAUGAAUAUGUAACUGAUGAAGAAACUGAUUUGGGAACAGAUUGGGAGACUGUACCCAGUCCUAAAUUUUACGAUAUCCCUUCUCAGCCUGUAGAAGUACUCCAAAGUCAAGCCAUGCUAGUAUCUCAGCCACUCAGCACUAGCAACAGCACAGGUGGUAUGAUCUCUUCUGCAGCAGCUUCUGUUACAUCAUGGUGGAAACAAUAUUAUGGACAUCGCUGAUGAUUUUGCUGCACUUGAACAUAAACUUCCAAUAAAAUGAAAAGGUGUGAAAACAACACAUGAAUAGUGCCUAAAAAAACACAAUAGAGUCAAUUGUGUUUCUCUGGCGCAAGCAUAAAACCAGCGAAAGCCACAAAUGACAGGACUGUGUUAGGUAAUAAUGGAAUGUCUUUGAUUCGCUCAGCAAAAAGUGUGAUUGAAACAAAUUGUUAAAGAGGGAACUAUCAGGAGCACUUUUUGGUAGAAGUAUUGCUCUUUUAUAUAUAAGUAAUGGUUGCAGUAAAUUUUGAAUCACAUAAUCAAUAUUACUUUGACCUUAAGAUCUGUAAGUGAGGCCUUCCCCCUCAAGUGCACUAAAUUAGUAGGAAGAAAUGUUUGGUAUGCAGUGUGUAAUUUAUGAUCAAAUUGACUUUCAAGUUGAUUAAGGAAUCCAAAUUUAAGAAUGGAAUGUAGAUUUGUUGAAUUCGAUAGAAUCAGGUUACCUCUUUAACUGUUUGCAUUGGUACUUCACCUUGAUUUUGCACGCAAGUUUGCUGGUGUGCUCAUGAUGACUGCCAUUACAAAUACCAGGUCAGUGAUAAAAUUUACUUUUCCUUAAAAAAAGCGUAACGAUAUUUUAUUGUAGAAAAAUGAAUCAAACAGAAGGCCUAUUAGCCCAUUCAUUGCCCCACCAUCCCCCAGGCCAGGUUCUCUUAUGUCCUUGCUCUUCUAUCUAAAGUAUUAUACUUCAGGUAGGACCUAAGCAGUUUAAAAUUUUAAGUGUAACUUCUUUUUUAUAUUUAAAGGUCUCUAUUAGUAAAGUCAUGAAUCCUGUAUACUUCACAACAGCCUUCUGCACUUGAUAAAGCAACUUAAAUUAUGUCCAUACACUCUAAGGUCUCUUUCUUCAUGUAGUUCUAAGAUGGUAAUUUUUGUCAGAAUAAGGGGCAAUAAUCAUUUCAAUUUGUUUAAAUUUAAAUAUAGUAAAAAGAGAAAUGUAGUAACAUCUUUAAAGUUAUCUAUAAACUUAAAUUCUGUACUGCUGAAAGUACGUAUUUCAAAUACAAUCUGCGUCUUCUGUUUCUAAUACUGGUCUUCCCUCCAGUCUUCAAAAAGAAACUUCUCCCUCAGCAAAUUCUAUAUCAAUAAAAUUGUCACUUUAAUCAAA